AUGAACAGCCAUGCUGAGCAAAGUCCCCGAUCUCUGGGUGGUGGACGAUUCCUCAGAGACCCCGGAUAUGGCGUCCGUUCCAAGUCCCAGAGCCCAUUUCGGCUUCCCAUGCCUUCGAUAUCGCCGGGCCAGGUUGCCUUUUCUGCAAUGCAAUACCUGCCGGUCCCUGUCAUUAUACUCAACAGCCUCAAGACUGUCGUUCUCGCCAAUGAAGCCAUGGGGAGGAUGCUCGGUGUCAUAUCUGAUGACACCAGUGAUGAAGAGGUCUCGGUUGUGAUGGACAAGUUGCGCGGCCAGACCUUGUCACAGGUGGGCAUCGACAUGAUACAGGAUGGCCGCCCGGUCUGGGUUACAUGGGAAGCUUUCCUAGACACCUUGAUCACGGACGUCGGCGUACGACCACCGGCCUCGAGCCAGCAACGACGACCGUCCUACCUUGGUGGUGGCGACGCCACGCCAACUGCUACCAUGGCCCUUGAUCAAGCGAAUGAACAGCCCAAGCCCAUCGAUCGGCCGACCCAGGAUGCGACAGUAGAGGUUAUCAUCACGAGAAAGGACAUCACCAAAACUACCUUCAAUAGCCGGUACAAGUCCAAAGAGUCCGAAUACCAUGCCUUUGCCAAGAUGAUCAUCACGAUCUGGGAGGUUGAGGAUAGACAGACCUUCUUCACUCUGACCUUUACCAACACCCAGUCCGCUCCGACGAUUCCCGUCAGUGGCAGAAGGGUCAUUGCUCGAUCCAGCAUCCUGGAGGCUGUCGACAAAAAGUCCAUUACCACCUCGAACCCGUCGUCUGUCGCCUCUAGCCGAGACUCUACCUCGCCCUUGUUCUACAGCCCGGGCGUCAUCACCAUGUCCUCAAGCCCGUUCCCUCCCAUGGGGCCUCCGACCAUUGCGUCUCACUCGCAUUCAAACACCCCCUCGGUGCUGCAGAAGAUGAUCAGGAUGAAGGACGCUCUCAUCGACAGUACGCAGAUGCCCGUCGUCGCCAUGUGGAAGGAUGGCAGCGUGAUAUUUCCGAAUAAGGCUGCGAGGCAGCUCUUCCCCAUCGACGCCGACCUCGACACCGCCGGCGAUGGCUUCCAUCUGCUGGCCAAGUGGCAGGUGUGGAACGAAGAUUUCACAAGGCAGCUAGAUGUCAGCGAGUAUCCAAUAUCCACUCUGCUUCGGACAGAGACGCCGUUUGCGAGCAUGCGAAUAGGCAUGUAUGCACGCGACGGAAAGAAGAUUAUCUUUGACGUGUUGGGAGAAGGCAUCUACGACGACACUACGCACGAGUUUCUCGCCGGCGUUGUGACUGGCCGUGAUGUGACAAUGAUGAGGGAGGAGAUCACCCACAUCAAGGAGCGUGACGAGGAGCGCUUCAAGGCCAUAUGUGAUGCUAUGCCUCAGCUAGUGUGGACAGCGCGGCCCGAUGGAACUCACGACUUCUUCAACACCAGAUGGCACGCAUAUACAGGCGUGACCCGUCAAAAGUGCGUUGAUAUCGACUGGAAAGGAGCAUUCCAUCCUGACGAUAGAGCCGAGGCGCUUUCCCGGUGGACUCAUUCUGUACAGACCGGAGACCCCUUUGUCAUGGAGUACCGCUGUCUUAGCAAGGAAGGCGAGUGGCGGUGGUUCCUCGGCCGGGCCCUUGCUGUACGCGACAAAGAAACGGGCAAUAUUGAGAAGUGGUUCGGAACCAGCACCGACAUACACGAGAGCAUGCAGACGAAAUUGAGUGCUAAGCGUACUCGCCAGCAGUUGCUAAGCGUCAUUGCCCACUCGCACGUCACCAUCUUCACUGUUGAUCCCGAUCGCCGCGUUACGAUGCUCGAGGGCGCCUUGAUAUGGAAUAGCGCCUCUGAAGAUAACCAUGAAAAGAGCAGGUGGUAUGUUGGAGAAAAUAUGUACACCGUGUUCAACCGAAUUGCCGAAAGGGCAUCUGAUGGGGACCGUCCAACGUGGCUUCGGCCCAUUGAGGACAUUCUCGAGGGGAGGAGCAACGAGGACGUAAAGGAACACGGACUUCAUGACCGCUGGUAUCGAACACGAUUUCAUCCGAUGCUGGGGAAAAAGACCAAAGACGGCAUGCCCACCAAGGAGACGUGUGUUGAAGGAGUCAUUGGCGUCAUAAUGGAUGUCACCGAGCUCAAGGUGAGGGGAGAAGCGUUGCGAGAGCAGUCCAAGGAAAAGCGACGCGCAAUGGCAAACGAGGCUGCUGCCAAAGAGGCUACACGACUAAAAAGCCAGUUUCUGGCCAACAUGUCUCACGAGAUCAGAACACCCAUCACCGGCGUCCUCGGCAUGGCAGAAUUGCUGGGCGAUAUGGAGCUGACGAAGGAGCAGCGCGAAUAUGUUGACAACAUACAGAGCUCUGCUACGUCGCUGCUCACGGUGAUCAACGACAUUCUGGACUUUUCAAAGGUGGAAUCCGGCCGCUUGGACAUUGAAGAAGUCCAGUUUUCCCUCUCCCACAUUGUGCAGGAUGUGAGGAAGAUGCUCAAAUUCGCCGUUGAGCGGAAGAAUCUGGAUUUCCUGUCCGACGUCGAAACAGACAUUGCCAACGAACGGAUCGUCAUUGGCGACCCCGGCAGGCUGCGGCAGAUUAUUACCAAUCUUCUCACCAACAGUAUCAAAUUUACAAAUCAGGGUUAUGUCAAGUUCUCGGUUCUCAAAGAGCGUGAGACAGCCGAUACAAUCGAGGUUCGAUUCAUCAUUGAAGACUCGGGGAUCGGCAUCGAGGACGAGGUUCGGAAGAAACUCUUCAAGCCGUUUAGCCAAGGAGACCCAAGCACAGCCCGAAAGUUCGGGGGGACUGGACUCGGGCUUACGAUUUGCAAAAACCUGCUGGACUUGAUGAAUGGUCGCAUCACGCUCGAGUCGAACGUGGGAUCAGGAACCAAGGCAACGUUUUGGAUUCCUUUCAUGAAGCCGACCGAGGCAAGGGCUCCUACAUUAGUCGAGCCCGGUGCUAUUCCCGAUCGACUUCAGUCUGAGCUGAGCCUCUCAUGUAAUAGCUCGGAGCAUGAACAGGUGACGGCUUCUCAAGGCUCAGAUGGCAUAACGAGCGGCUCCGGUACCAAAUUACGCUGGCCCGCAUCUACACGCACGCCCCCUCCCGCUGAACAAGAGUUGCCCCUUUCCGAACGAUCCAAAUUGCAUAUCUUGGUCGUCGAGGACAACCCGGUAAAUCAAAAGAUCGCCACGCGGACUAUCGGCAAACUUGGCUUUCAGGUGUCUGCAACCUGGAAUGGCAAAGAAGCACUUGACUACAUGAUUGGCGCAUCGAAAGGCGAGAAGAAAAUGCCAGACAUUAUCUUGAUGGACGUGCAGAUGCCCAUCAUUGAUGGCUACAAGUGCACCCAUCUACUUCGACAUCAUCUUCCAUACAAGAGUCUGGUUCAGCAUGUGCCCAUCGUGGCCAUGACUGCAUCAGCGAUACACGGAGAUCGCGAGAAAUGCACAAAGGCCGGCAUGGACGACUACCUCCCGAAGCCAGUGACGAUGAAGGUGCUGGAGAGGAUGCUGAUCCGAUGGUCACUGACAAGGCGACGCCCACAAUCGGAGCCACCAGCUUCUGAUUGCUCUGAGAUGGGCGAGCAUUGCGACAAUGCAGAUAUUCCACACCUCGGCAUUGAGGAAAACGAUCCAUCUCCCCUGUCAGCGUCUGAAGAGCUUCCCGCAGGCCCCAUCACACCGCGGCCACUUACGCUCAACGGAGGAGAGGAGCCCUCGCCGUUUGACCAGGCCCUUGAGGUUGAAAUGUCACCCCAAAUUCGCCGGCCCGAAGGCGAGCAGGAGUGGUCAAACAUGCUUCACGGUACGAAGCUCAUUGAUGCGGCGGGAGGUGUGCCGGCCGACCUUCGCAAGAAUUCUCUUCCCGAGUCGGGAGCAGGAGAAGCUCUGACUGAAGAGAAUGUCAACAAGUUGGAGAAUGGGACGUCGAUUUGA